AUGUGUUAUAUCGUUGUCGAAAGAUAUUCAGUCUGUCGGUGCCUUUACUACAAGCACAGUAUCGAUAGAUGUGCUUCAUAUGGUCAACAAGGACAUAAGAUUCAAGAGCGGACUGUCUUGCAUCAAGUUCUCGCGACGGCUACUCGGACUCAGGCUAUGGCACAGCAAGCCAUUCCUCAUGUCAACGCUCUUCCCGAAGACAGCAUAGAUGAAACGUACCGUCUUCGAUAA